AUGGAAAAAACCAAUAGCAAUUUCACCAUUUCUCCUCUUCCUGCUCACAAAAAACCAAGAAAAAGCCGGGGCAAUUCAAAUUUUUUGCUGGAUUUUGUGCCCGGUGAAAACGCCACAGUAAUUCAAUUAUUAGCCAAAGAAGGAGCAAUUUUCCAAGGAAAAACGGCAAUGGAUGAAUUUGCUUGCGGCGGCACAGGAUUAUUAGCUAAUACUGGAAUAAUUACUAAUCCGCAUAAUCCUCGGCAUAUUACCGGGGGUUCUUCUUCUGGUUCCGCAGAAGCAGUAGCCAGAGGCUUGGUUUCUUUUGCCUUAGGUAGUGAUACCGGUGGUUCAGUGCGGCAACCAGCGGCUUAUUGUGGAAUAAUUGGUUUUAAGCCUUCUUACGGGUUAGUUUCUCGUUAUGGACUUAUUCCUAUGGCUUCCUCUUUGGAUACAGUGGGAAUUUUGGCGAAUUCUGUGGCUACUACCAAGGAAGUUUUUGCGGUAAUCGCCCAACCUGACCCUAAUGACCUUUUAACUAUUGCUGCUGAGCAAGCUAGAAUUAAGCCAGUUUCUUUGACCAAAAAAAUCGCUGUUUUAAAAGGCAUAGAGAAACAUUUGGCCCCGGAAUUUGCUAGACUAUACCAAAACACAAUUGCUAUUUUAAAAGGAAAAAAUUAUCAAGUGAAAACCAUUGAGAUUCCCCUGGAAAUAAGGGACAAUCUUCAACUUUGCUAUUUAAUUAUUUGUUCGAGCGAGUUAGCCAGUCAUUUAAAUUCUUGCCAAGGAAUAACUUACGGACAAAAAGUAAAUAGUGCCAAGAAUAUUGGAGAAAAAGUGGGCCAAAUGAGAACCGAAUAUUUAGGCAAAUCAGUGCGGCAACGUUUGCUAUUAGGUAGUUAUUUUUUACAAAAUAAACAAGCCCCAAAAAUCGAACAUAGUACUUUUUUUUUUACUGGUAGUGAAACGCAUUGGAGCGAUAAUUUACUACUUUUAGCCAGUUUGGGUGGCUUUCCUAGUUUAAGUUUGCCGAUUGGCUUGGUGAAUGAACUAAGCGUAGGAGAAGAAUGUUUUUAUGAUUUACUUCCUGCAAAUAAAAAAAUCGGUAUUGAUAUUGGCCGCAAAAAGCGAGAAGCGGAAAACCAACAACUAGCCCAAAAGCAAACUGGUGAAGGUGGCAAUGGUGCUGUUUCUUUUCGUCAUGAUUAUCGUAAUCCCAAAGCUGGUCCAGACGGAGGAAAUGGUGGUAAUGGCGCAGCCGGUAAUGGAGCCAACGGAGAAAAUCAGUUAAAAACUGGCAAAAACGGAGAAAAUAUUUAUAUCAAAGUUCCCUUGGGCACAGUCAUUAAAUUAAGAGAAGAAAAACUUGCUUUUACCCAAAUCAACAAGGAGUUAAUUCUUGGGGAAAUUUUGUUUCCUCAACAAACAUUAUUAAUUGCCAAAGGCGGAAAAGGUGGGUGCGGAAAUGCCGCUUUUGCUUCUUCGGUUAAUCGGGCUCCCCAUUAUGCCCAAAAGGGUAGUUUAGGAGAAAAAAUUCAACUGCGACUAGAAUUAAAAAUUCUGGCUGACGUUGGCUUGUUAGGUUUGCCUAAUGCUGGCAAAAGCACUUUAAUCAACGCUUUAACUAAGGCCAAAGUAAGAACCGCGGAUUUUCCUUUCACCACUCUCAAUCCCCAAUUAGGAGUUUUAGUCAAAGGAGAGCAAAGGAUAACUAUUGCUGAUUUGCCCGGAAUUAUUGAAGGAGCAGCCCAAGGGAAAGGCUUAGAUUUAGACAUUUUAGAAAAAGAAUUAAAAAGCAGCGGAAUUGCUGAACCCCAAAAUAAGCAAAAAAUAAUUAUUUGA